AUGUGGAAGCUUGUGAUGAUGGAGCAGAUGAUGUACUUAUCAUCGACCGUGUGUCCACAGAAGUUACGCUCUCAGUCAAGAAAGAUAUUCCUCCUUCAGCUGUCACAAGACCAAUAUUUGGUAUACUGGGCACAAUUCAUCUGGUGGCAGUUACAAGAUAACAAAACUUUCCUAGCAAUGAUAAACCAUGUCUUGAGUGUGGAUGGGUUUUACUUUUCAACGACAUAUGAUUUGACCCAUACUUUGCAGCGGCUGUCUAACACUAGUCCAGAAUUCCAGGAAAUGAGUCUCUUGGAAAGGGCAGACCAGCGGUUUGUAUGGAAUGGUCAUCUUCUAAGAGAACUUUCUGCUCAGCCAGAGGUCCAUCGGUUUGCUCUUCCGGUAUUAUAUGGCUUUAUUACUAUGCACUCAUGUUCUAUUAAUGGAAAAUACUUUGAUUGGAUUCUCAUCUCGAGGAGGAGUUGUUUCAGAGCUGGUGUCCGCUAUUAUGUAAGAGGAAUUGAUUCUGAAGGCCAUGCAGCUAACUUUGUAGAAACAGAACAGAUUGUGCACUACAAUGGGAGCAGAGCUUCAUUUGUACAGACUCGAGGAUCAAUACCACUUUACUGGUCUCAAAGACCAAAUCUCAAGUACAAACCACUGCCACUGAUCAACAAAGUAGCAAAUCAUAUGGAUGGUUUCCAAAGGCAUUUUGAUUCACAAAUAAUUAUUUAUGGAAAACAAGUCAUAAUCAAUCUGGUUAAUCAGAAGGGCUCAGAGAAGCCACUUGAACAGGCGUUUGCAACAAUGGUGUCUUCCUUGGCAAAUGGAAUGAUCAGAUAUAUUGCCUUUGACUUCCAUAAAGAAUGUAAAAAUAUGAGAUGGGAUCGACUAAGUAUUUUAUUGGAUCAAGUAGCAGAAAUGCAAGAUGAAUUAAGUUAUUUUCUAGUGGACUCUGACGGCAAGGUGGUGACUAACCAGGAAGGCGUGUUCCGCAGCAAUUGCAUGGAUUGUCUGGACAGAACUAAUGUGAUCCAGAGUCUGUUAGCUCGUCGUUCGCUUCAGGCCCAGCUUCAGAGACUAGGAGUUUUGCAUGUGGGACAAAAGCUUGAAGAACAAGAUGAAUUUGAGAAGAUUUACAAAAACGCCUGGGCUGACAAUGCAAAUGCUUGUGCCAAACAGUAUGCGGGAACUGGUGCCUUGAAAACUGACUUUACCAGAACUGGGAAGAGAACUCAGUUGGGACUUAUAAUGGAUGGCUGGAACUCACUAAUACGGUAUUACAAGAACAACUUUUCUGAUGGAUUUAGACAAGAUUCCAUAGACUUAUUUCUUGGGAACUAUUCAGUGGAUGAAUUAGAAUCUCAUAGUCCUUUAAGUGUUCCAAGGGAUUUGAAAUUCCUGGCUUUGCCUAUUAUCAUGGUUGUCGCCUUUUCCAUGUGCAUUAUCUGUUUGCUUAUGGCUGGUGACACCUGGACAGAAACACUGGCAUAUGUGCUCUUCUGGGGAGUUGCAAGCAUUGGAACAUUUUUUAUUAUUCUUUACAAUGGCAAAGAUUUUGUUGAUGCUCCCAGAUUGGUCCAGAAAGAAAAGAUAGACUGAAUUUGUGUCUGUGGAAAGCGGCUUGGCUUGGAAGAUUCCAUUAUGCAGAACUGGAGUCUUUACUGACCCGCUUUCCACGUCAGCCCAAGGUCUUUUUAAAUCCUUUAUCCAAAAGCACAUCUUGCGCUUUGUGUGGGGGUGAUGACUUAGAAUUGAUCUGAUGUUACUGCCUUGAUGGUCUCUUUACUAUUGGGAUGGUUAUAUUUAUAAUUUGAAGCUAUUCUAUAAUUAAAAUGUAAGCUCAAUUCAGUUCAUGGAAUGGAAGGAAUCUAUUCAUUGUCAAUUUAAUCAGCUGUUGCAGAAUAAGUAAUAUAUUUUAAAGAAAUCUAGCUUCUUUCCUUAUUUAAAACAGUGAAAUUAUUUUUCUAGCUCAGUUUAUUGUCACUGUAGAAGCAGUUGCUGUUAGCAAGCAUACUUUUCCAUACAUCUUUGGACUUUUCCUUAGUUUAAUAAUAAGCUAACUACUCUGUUUAUAAAAUGUCUUACAUAUAUCAAGUAGUUGGACGAAAUAGUCUGUGACUACAUGGUAGGAAA